AUGGAAUCUAAGGACAAAGAACCAAUGGAAAAACAAACUCAAUCUCGAUCCAAAACUUCCGGUCAAACGAAUGUAAGAACUAAGACAGAUAAAGCAUGGGAACAUAUAACUCUAUCCAAGGAUGACCAAGGAAACAAGAUUUACAUAUGUAAUUUUUGUGAAAAAUUUUUCCGUGGUGGUGGUAUAAGCAGAGCUAAGAAACAUCUUGCCGGUGUUAUUGGUGACAUAUCAGCUUGUCCUAAAGUAACUCCAGAAGUUCGUUUUACAAUGGAAGGUAUUUUGAAAGAAACAUCACAAAGGGAAAAACGUAAAGCUACAUCAAGUGUUACUAUCUCAGAUGACGAUGAAGAUAUAAAAGAAACACAAGUUCGAAAUGCCAAAGCACGAUCUGUUAAAGAGGGGAAAAAGAAAGCUACAUCAAGUGUUCAUCCUUUCUUUACAAAAGGUAUAAAUGAUCCUUCUCAACCCACUAUUAAAUCUGCCAUGCAAACUAAGAAAAGAAUAGAUGAUGUGGAUUUAGCUAUUGCAAUGUGGUUCUAUGAUGCAUGUAUACCUAUGAAUGCUUGUAACUCUCCAUAUUUUCAACAUAUGAUAGAUAAAAUAACAAGUAUUGGUUAUGGGUACAAAGCACCUAAUUAUCAUGCUCUGAGGGUAAACUUAUUGUCAGAUGCAAAGAAAUCUGUUUCAUUGUUAAUUGAUUCAUACAGAAGUCAGUGGAUUGAAAGUGGUUGCACGAUUAUGAGUGAUGGGUGGAGGGAUAUUAGGCAACGCCAUUUGAUUAAUUUCUUGUUUUAUUGUCCUAAAGGGAUAUCAUUUCUUAAAUCUGUUGAUGCAUCUGAUAUAGAGAGCAAUGCAUUGAAUUUGUGUAAUUUGUUUGCUGAGAUUGUUGAGAUGGUAGGACAAAAGAAUGUGGUACAAAUUGUUACUGACAAUGCUGCCAAUUACAAACUUGCUGGUAAUAUGUUAUGUGAAAGAUAUACUUCUAUUACUUGGUCUCCAUGUGCAGCACAUUGUCUUAAUCUUGUAUUAAAGGAUGUUUCAGAAUUGGAUAAUGUGAAAAGUUUGGUCACUCUUGCAUCUAGGGUUACUGUUUUUGUCUAUAACCAUAAAUGGCCCUUGAAUUGGUUAAGAAAAAGAGUUGGUUGGACUGAAAUCAUCCGUCCAGGUGCUACCCGUUUUGGUACCGCUUUUAUUGCAUUGAAAAGUUUGUAUGAUCAUAAAGCCGAUUUACAAGCAAUGGUUAUAUCUACAGAGUUUAAGAAGAUGUUAAAAGUGGGAAAUGCGGUUGAAUGCAAAGAAAUUGUCUUGAAUGAAAAUUUUUGGAAAAAUUGUUUGAUUACGGUGAAAGUGAUGACUCCUUUGUUAAGGCUUUUGCGGUUAUGUGAUUCGGAUGAAAAACCUGCAUUGGGUUAUGUUUAUGAGGGAAUGCAUCGCGCAAGGAGAAGGGUUAAGGAAUUAUUUAAGAAAAAGAAAGAAUUAUACAAGCCUUAUACUAACAUAAUUGAUAGACGUUGGGAUAGGAUGUUAAGAAAAAGUAUUCAUUGUGCAGCGUAUUGGUUAAAUCCAGUUUUCCAGUAUGAUCGUGAGAAUCUUUGUUCUAAAAGAGAGAUAUUUCAAGGCGUUCUUGAUAUGGUUGAGAAGAAUUUUUCUGGUAGCGACAUUAUUGAUCUUACAAUGUCUCUAGGAAAGUUCCGUGACAGUGAAGGUACUUUUGGUAGACCUAGUGCCAUUGCUUCUCGUACAAGUACACGUCCAGAUGAGUGGUGGAAGUUAUUUGGUGGGGAUACGCCUAUGUUGCAAAAGUUUGCUAUUAGAAUUUUAAGUCAAACCGCAUCUUCUUCCGGUUGUGAACGUAACUGGAAUGUCUUUGAAAGGAUUCAUACAAAAAGGAGAAAUAGGUUGGAACAUCAAAGGCUUAAUGAUCUUGUAUGUGUGCACUACAACUUACGUUUACAAAAUAGACUCAAGGUUGAUAAAAGAUCUUAUGAUCCUAUUGACUAUGAAUGUAUUGAUAAGACGGAAUUUUGGGUGGUAGAAGAAGAGUCGAAUGGAGAACUUGAUUACAAUGAUUUAGAAAAUAUGCUUGACGAACAAGAAUAUGAACCAACUUCUCAAACACAAGAAAACGAAGUUGGUCAUGUUUUUGAUGAGAAUGAAGUUGAUAGUAAAUUUUCAUUUACUAAGUGA